GCCACCUUUCCACCAACAUUACCCCUUCACCCUUAUCUUGUUCGACUCCUUACGCCAAAGAGCUAGAGGAUAAUAUCAUGGGGUUUCCUGGGUUUCUUUACUAAAAUAUAUAACCCCAUCAUCCACACACACUCUUUUCUCUGAUAAUCCCCCAGAAAUCACAUAUUGUGCUCAUUUCCCGCGGAAAGUGCUGGCUUCUCAUAUGGGCCGAGCCGCACGCGGCAAGUCUCGGCAGGCCUAGCGUCAGCUGCCAAUUAGCACCAGUGGGCCGUCUCUCCGUCUUUCAAUUAGGAAACUUCAAGCCAAAUUGGCACGUUCCAAAUAUGCCCCCAUUUCAGAGCGGCCCUGUCAUUUGCGAAGUUAUCUUCUAUAUCACUCAACUCAUUGCAUAACUGAAACCUUAACUCAUGUUGCCGUUUGCGAUUCCAUACCCGCCAGAGCCGAAGGAAGGCUACUGGGGCCUCAGGACCGCCACCAUUGAUUGGUGCGAGGAAAACUAUGUCGUCUCCCAUUACAUCGCAGAGGCUGUCAAUACCGUUACCAACUCCAUAUUUAUCAUCCUUGCCGCAUACGCGAUGUACCAGUCCCGCAAGCAGGACCACGAAUUACGGUUCACCUUCAUUGCCUUUGGUUUUAUGCUUGUGGGUGUGGGCAGCUGGUUAUUCCACAUGACGUUGCUCUAUCAGUACCAACUCUUGGACGAGUUACCGAUGAUCUAUGCCACCUGCAUUCCCUUCUGGCUGGUCUUUUCCGAAAACGUUUCGAAGAAGCGGUCUGCCGCUGUUGCCUUGUCUGUGUUCAUUAGUGCCAGCUUGUUGACUGCGAUUUACUUGUACUACCGCGACCCCACCAUCCACCAGGUAAGCUACGCGAUUUUGAACGUGGGCAUAAUCGGGCGCGCCGCCUAUUUGACCAAGACCCGCAUCGCCGACCCCGCGGCCAGAAAGCAGUUGUUUACCACUAUGUACAUGGCUGUGGUCAUCUUCUUGACCGGCUACUUCUUGUGGAAUAUGGACAUCCACUUCUGCGGCUUGUGGAGACUGACCAGGCGCUCUUGGGGCAUGCCGUAUGGGUUUGUCUUAGAGGGCCACGGCUGGUGGCACUUGCUCACCGGCACCGGUGUCUACUACUACGUUGUGUACUUGGAGUACUUAAGAGCGCACAUGUUGGGCAGAGCCCAGUUGUACAACUUUCAGUGGAGAUUCGGCAUCUUCCCAGACAUUGUCUUGAAGCAGAAUAAGGCCAAGACCACUUGAGAAUGCAUUCUUACCACCCUCACUGUGCCUAUUUAUCAAUGUAUAUACGCUAUGAAACUCUCUUUAAUAGAUAGCCAUCCAAAGGUUUCGAAUAGUUAUUUUGAUAUCCAGUUUACAGAUAUGAGGUACGAAGCUAUACAAUUUUCUAAACCCGA